GAACGCCAGGCAGUGGUUGGAGAAGCUGGUGGCCUUUGACACCACCAGCCGCAACUCGAACCUCGAGCUCAUCCACUACUGCAGGAACUACCUGGAGGGGCUCGGCGUCAAGUGCACGCUUGUGCACAACCGCGAGAGGACGAAAGCGAGCCUGUGGGCGACGCUGCCGGGCGACGGCGGCGUGACCGACGGCGGCAUCAUUUUCUCCGGCCACACCGACGUGGUGCCGGUGGACGGGCAGAAGUGGGACAGCGACCCGUUCACGCUGACGGAGAGGGACGGGAAGUUGUACGGGCGCGGGACUUGCGACAUGAAGGGCUUCGUCGCCGUCUGCAUGUCGCUCACCCCCGAGCUGCUGAAGAUGAAGCGGGCGAAGCCGAUCCACUUUGCGUGGACGUACGAUGAGGAGCUCGGCUGUCUCGGCGGCGAGGUGCUGACAAAAUUCCUGCGGGACCACAACAUCAAGGCGGACGGCUGCAUCGUUGGUGAGCCAACCUCCAACCAAUUGGUCGUGGCGCACAAAGGAAUUCGUGCAUAUCAUGUUACGGUGCACGGCAAGGCGGCGCACUCGUCGUUUGCUCUGACAAAGGAGUGCUGCAACGCCGUCAAUUACGCCGCGAAGCUUAUUGUGAAGAUAAAUGAGAUCGCAGAGGAAGUUAAGUUUCGUGGGCCGCAAGAUACUUUCUUUGAUGUCCCUUUUUCGACGAUGUCGACAAAUUUGGUUCAAGGCGGUAACGCCCUGAAUACGGUUCCUUCGAAGUGUGAAUUUCAUUAUGAAAUGAGGUAUUUACCAGCAGAAGAAGCCGAUAAGAUUGAGGGAAGGGUAAAGGCGUAUAUAAACAACACACUUGUUCCGGCCAUGAAGAAGGAGUUUAAGGAUGCCCGGAUUGAAUUUGUGCGCCGAUCCAACGCUCCCCCCUUUAAAGAUGUCGAUGAAAAGGAUCCAUAUGUUGUGUUGCUGCGGCGCCUUACGAGGGACUCGGCGACGCGCAAGGCGGCCUAUGCCACUGAGGCGGGCCACUAUCAGGCUAUAGGUGUGCCGCUGGUACUUGUAUGUGGGCCUGGCUCCAUCUUGCAGGCACAUAAGGCAAAUGAGUUCGUCACCUUGGAGCAGUUGGAAGAAUGCGUCAGGAUCGUCCGUGCGGUUGCCCGCAGCGACGGAGGUAUGGCUUCUCCACAUCUGUAG